CUACCUUUACCUAAAGAGCAAAUACUUUAUUGUAAUACGGAACCAUCCCGCCCAAUACCGUCCAGCACAAAUAACGUCCGAUCAAAUCAAUUCCAACAACCAUAUUUAUUUAGAGAUGGUGAACAGGAUAGCAUUAUAGACCUAAGAGCCACAGAGGAAGAUAAGAAACUUAUUCUAGAGCUACACAAUCAACUCCGUCAGAAAGUUGCGUCAGAACGUGAGAGUCGAGGCUCUCCCGGACCGCAACCAGCUGCCAUCUCCAUGCCAAACUUGAAAUGGAGUGACGAAUUAGCCAACAACGCUUGGGAAUGGGCUCAAAACCUCCAAUACAAACACGAACCGGAUCCCAUUAAAUACGGACAGAAUCUCCAUAUGAGCUUCAGUCCGCACUCGAAAAACAUGUCGGACUGGGCCAACAUAAUCAAUGGCAAGGACGGCUGGUUUGACGAGGUCGAGAACAUGGACUGUGCCAACGUUAUAAAAUUCAGGAGCUGUCAAACUACCAGCGGUAAAGUUAUUGGCCAUUACACGCAAAUGGUCUGGGCUGAAACUACUCACGUCGGCUGCGCAGCUAUUGGAUACUACGACGAUUACAACGGAUAUCCUUUCACGCCCGGACAGCCUCACAAACAGUUUUACAUCUGCAAUUACAGUCCUCGUGGAAAUGCUCCGAAUAAAUCAGUCUACAAAGUGGAUUACUCAUCGUCCGCUUAUUCCGAUUGCCCAAAUCAACCUGAAUAAAUCUGGAAUCCAUUUCCCAGAAUAUUGUCUGUAGUAAUUUUUAAACCAGACUCAGUUUGAGACUAUAAUGAUAUCACGUUUGUUGUGGAACGUAUGCAUCACUGCCAUUGCCAUACAUCAUUUGAUUUGAAAUGUUGUAACACAAUCCCGCUCAAUCUUUCCAGCUGCAGUACCAUGGCUUCUAAACAAG